AUGGAAAGUAGAAGUAGUAGUGAAGACAAGAAGGAGAAAAAGAGAAAGCGAAGUAGAUCAUAAAAGAAGGACAAAAAAAAAUAAAAAAGUAAAAAAUCUAAGGAAAGAAAGUCUAAGGAGAGAAAAAGGUCAGAGAAAAAGAAAUCAAAUAAGAAAUCAGAGAAGAAGAAAAAAAAAGAGAAAGAGAGAGAAAAGGAGAAAGAAAAGGAUAAAGAGAAAGAGAAAGAUAAAGAGAAGGAUAAAGAGAAAGAUAAAGAGAAGGAUAAAGAAAAAGAGAAAGAGAAAGAUAAUAAUAAGAUUGAAACAUAAAAAUAAGGUGAGGAAGUAGAAACUAAAGAAGUAAUCAAAAUUUAUAUUUCACUUUAGCAAAGAAUUGCGAGAUUAAAAUAAGAAAGAAGAAAAAGAUCAAGAUCUAAUUCUGCCGUCAAACAUUAUUAAAAAUAAAUACUUGCCAACAAUCCUGUAGCUAAAUCAAGUAAUCAAAGUUUCUCUUAUCCCAUUUAGAUGCCCUAGGUUAUGAUAAAUAGGAUUGCUUUUGGGAUGGAUUUACUUGGGUACCUAAAACUAAUUUGCAUGAUAAAGUGAGAGAAGAUAAAGAAAAAGUAAUGUCAUUGACUAGUAGAAUGAGAAGAAUUUAAAUAUGCAAUAUACCGACAGGUUUAACUAAUCGAGAUCUUUAUGCUGAAUUGAGUAGAUUUAUGAAUAGAAAUUACUUAAAUGAUGUUGGUAAUGCUAAGCCUAUUUUGUAUUGUCACCUAAAUGAAAAAGAUCGAACAUGCACUCUAGAAUUAUCAUCUGUUGAAGAAUCAAAUCGAAUGCUUAAAUUAGAGGAUAUCAAGUUACUGGAUGAAUCAUGUAAAAUUUUAAGAUUAGGUGACAGUUUAUAUGGUAUAUUAUAAAUAAAUAUUUUAUGCAGGUUAAUCAGUAAAUCAAUCAUAAUUAGUUUAAUAAGCUCAUAAUAUGGCCUAAGCAUAAGCAGCCGCAUAUCUUGCUUUAAAAUCCCUAGGCUAUGCCAGAGGAUAGAGAGAAGAAGAUGAAAUUCUGGCUUAGGCAGGUAUCCCAUCCAGGAUUAUAAAGGUUGGAAAUUUCUUAAAUGUUGCUAUGGCAAUAAAUCUAAAUAAAAAUGAAUGGAAUGAAAUGCGAGAAGAUUUAAUUGAAGGUUUUUCAUAAUGUGGUCAUAUAGAAGAUGAUUUCUUUGUUAAACCUUAUUAAGCAGGUCUUGGAGGUAAUUGUGUAAAUUAACCUCUUUAGCCGAAGCAGGUUCUCUUUUUCUAGUUUAUACAACGAUUGAAGAUGCUUAACGCACUGUUAUUUCGAUGUAUGGUAGAACAUAUAAUUAGAGAGGACUUAAAAUUAUAUUUAUAAAUGAAUAAACUUAUAUUAGAAGUUAUAUACCAUUAAAAUUAAAAUAACAACCUGAGACUGAAGAAGCACAAAUAAAUUAAGAAAAUGACAAUUAUGAUAAUGAACAUUUUGAAGAUUAGGAAGACUAUUUAGACUAAAUGGAUAAUGGACUUUUAGAGAAUAAUAAUAAUAAAGAUAAUUGA